AUGCACGGCUCUCCCGCAAAGCAACGCGCCCCGCUGGCACCGCUCGACGCGAACGCAAAGCCGUCCCUGCCGUCUCCCAAAAUGCCCAAAGACGGCAGCGUCCCAGUCAUCCCCCUCACCGGCGGCUCGUCCCCUCUGAAGAAGAGCCUCUCCUCCUCCUUCACCACCACCAGCGGCACCAAGCGGCCCGCCGAGGAGCUGGCUUCGCCCGGCGGCAGCAAGAAGACGUGCGUAGAAGAGGUACGUGUCCCCCACCGUGAGAACCCUCCUUGCCCCCCUGGCAAUCAGAUGCUGAACAACGGGCCCCAGGACGCGCGCCGCUCAAGAACAAGCUCCCCCGACUCGCCCUCCCUCUUCGACACCUCGGCCGCAGAAGGCGACUCCUCGUGGGCCACGACCGCCACCGAGCCCGACGCGGGCAUUGUCGCCGACGCGCCGGCCCUGCUGGCGCCCCGGCAGAGGGGCACCAUGACGCGGGAGCAAGCAAGAGAGAAAGCGGCCAUUCUGCGCCUGCGUCUCGGCCUCGCGAGCUACAAGGUCCGCACGGGGCAGACCACCGUGCCCUUGGCCGACCUUCAGCGGAAACCGCUGCCUCGGAAAAUCGUCCGCGUGCAGUCGCCGCCGCAGUCCCAGAAACACGGGCAUGCCUCUGCCGCUGCCGGCCCACAAGAGUCCCUGGCCUCGCCGAGCACGGCCUCACCUGGUCGGAGUACCCUGCCAAAGGGCGCUGCGAGCGGGCUUCUCAGUCUGGCCAGGGGCGAGUCAUGA